AUGACGACCCAACACUGGUCGUCAUCCACCAGCAGCCAGACUCCAGCCGUCAGGAACCAUCCACCAGCAGCCAGACUCCAGCCUUCAGGAACCAUCCACCAGCAGCCAGACUCCAGCCUUCAGGAACCAUCCACCAGCAGCCAGACUCCAGCCUUCAGGAACCAUCCACCAGCAGCCAGACUCCAGCCUUCAGGAACCAUCCACCAGCAGCCAGACUCCAGCCUUCAGGAACCAUCCACCAGCAGCCAGACUCCAGCCUUCAGGAACCAUCCACCAGCAGCCAGACUCCAGCCUUCAGGAACCAUCCACCAGCAGCCAGACUCCAGCCUUCAGGAACCAUCCACCAGCAGCCAGACUCCAGCCUUCAGGAACCAUCCACCAGCAGCCAGACUCCAGCCUUCAGGAACCAUCCACCAGCAGCCAGACUCCAGCCUUCAGGAACCAUCCACCAGCAGCCAGACUCCAGCCUUCAGGAACCAUCCACCAGCAGCCAGACUCCAGCCUUCAGGAACCAUCCACCAGCAGCCAGACUCCAGCCUUCAGGAACCAUCCACCAGCAGCCAGACUCCAGCCUUCAGGAACCAUCCACCAGCAGCCAGACUCCAGCCUUCAGGAACCAUCCACCAGCAGCCAGACUCCAGCCUUCAGGAACCAUCCACCAGCAGCCAGACUCCAGCCUUCAGGAACCAUCCACCAGCAGCCAGACUCCAGCCUUCAGGAACCAUCCACCAGCAGCCAGACUCCAGCCUUCAGGAACCAUCCACCAGCAGCCAGACUCCAGCCGUCAGGAACCAUCCACCAGCAGCCAGACUCCAGCCUUCAGGAACCAUCCACCAGCAGCCAGACUCCAGCCUUCAGGAACCAUCCACCAGAGCUACCAACCAAUCAGUGUAA